AUGAAAAGAGAGAGAUCUGAUUCCCUAAAUAAUAACUACAUGGAAAAUGAUAUAAUACGACAAUCAUAUUAUAAUCAUAAGAAUUUUUCUCCAAUAACAACAAAUGAAAAAGUUGAUAAUAGUAAUGAUAUAGCAGUACGAGAUGGUAUAAUAUGUAAUGAACCCCCAUGUGAAAAUAACUUCAUCUUACUGGAAUUUUAUCCAAGUCACGUCGAAAAUUAUCAUAAUAAUAGAUGUAGCAAAUGUAAACAAAAUUUCAUAUCUAAUCAUAUUCUGAAUUUACAUAUUGAUGAAUGUCAUAAUCCAUUUCUUAACGAAUUCGAUAAUUUAAAAUGUUUCGAAGUACACUGUAAUGAAACUUUCGAAAAUCAUAAUGAAAGAAUUAAACAUCUUAUAAAAAAACACGAUUAUCCCUCAUUUUUCGAUUUUGAUAUGAUUUUUAGUGGUUAUUAA